AUGGACGCUGUGAUGAUUCAAGAUGAUAAUAAAUGGAAUUGCUCAUUUUUGAAGGAUGUUUGUGAUGAAGAAAGCAUGCAAAUGAAGGUGCCACCACCAUCACCUCAGGAUGCGUCCAUGUUGGAAGCCGUUUUUUCCCAGCAUUUAUCCGCUAAAAUUCAUGCUGUUGUGAAUCCAAGUCAUGAUUCAGCGCAAGAACAUGCUCAGGCAUUGGAGCGAUUGCUACUGACACAUAGAAAACAUCCAUUAAAGAGACACACUUAUCAUAAAAGACCCUCUCGUAUUCCUAUCUUAUCGACGCGCAUCAUUCAUAAAAAAAACAAAAGAUUAUCAAUGCAACAAGAUGCAUUAGCAAAUGCUCUGGAGAAGGUCCACAUUUCCCAUCAUCACUCUGCUGGGGAAAAGAAAAAGGCAUCUGCUAAACGCCCUUGUAUAAACGGGUUGGUUACCAUGGUGAUGAACAAAUCCAAAAAGAAUGAUUGUAGUGCGCAAGAAACCAUCAUUCAAGACAUUAAAGACAUGGCCAUUUGA